GUUUCAUCUCUCGAAUCUCGAUCGUCUCUUCUUUCCAUCUGCAACAUCCAUGGAGAAACAACACCAAAACCCGAGUCCAGCGAUGGAUCCGUCGCGGGAAUGCGAAGGCAAAGGAGCUUGCGAAUUGAAAUCGAAUCAGCGAUUUGCUGAUAAAAUCAUGCCUCAUCUUCUCAACUUGUACGGGUCUUGUGCAAAAGCCAAUGACUUUGACAUGUAUGCACCAAAUGCUUCGUUUGAAGACCCUUUGACGCAUGCUCAGGGAGUGAAGCAAAUCAAAUCAGCAUUUUAUUCACUCGCUAAGGUGUUUGGUGAGUCGAAAAUAGUUGAAUAUCAUAUUCAAGAAAGUGAAAUCUCGCCUGGGAAGAAAGAGAUACUAAUUGACAACAAACAACACUACAAGAUCAUGGGAAGGAACAUAGAUAUGAUCUCUCUCAUUAAACUCUAUGUCGAGAACGGGAAGAUUGUCCGACACGAAGACUGGUGGGACAAGAAACCUCUGAGGAACAGAGACACGGUUAGCUUCCCGUUGGUCGGGCGGGUAAUGGAGAUGGGUCGAAGAGGCUUGAUGCUAGCGACUCAUGCCAUGAUGGGUUUUGGUAAAGAUCCUGACUCACAAUGAACAAAGGAAAUACGCAACAAAACACACAGCAUAUUCUAGUGUCUAGAUUCUUCUAAACAGUACUUGAAUUUGAGGAACUCCUUAAAUCGGUUUGGUUUCGAAUUUAGUUUAAAAGUUUGUAAUAUGUUAAUCUUCUGUUGGAUUUUAGUCUGGUACUAUCAAUAACGAAUUUUGAAUGAAAAGUUCUUGUAGUU